GCGGGUGCUGCAGCGCGCUCCAGAAGCCUGGUGACGUGCUGGCCGCGGAUUCCGAGGCCAUGGCGGCCGCGACGUCUGCUGGCGGGAGUGUCCCAGCAGAGCCGCAGCAGGCCCUGACGGUCGUCCAGCAGCACGCGGAGGCCGCAGCCGCAAUGCGGUCGGUGGAUCAGGUCAUGCGAUACCGUGGGGCCCUUGGCACUGCGGAGGCGCGCGAGCAAGACCUCGCCCUUCAGCCUGCCGAGGCGGAGGCGGCGAAGCAGAAGGACGCUGUUGUGGCUGCGCUGGCGCCUGCCCCGCAGCCUUCCCAUGCGGCCGCCGCCCAGCUGGUUAACCCCUGCGCCGAUCUCUUCAACCUGAUCUGGGACGAUUCCGUCUUCGCGGGCGGGAGCGUGGAGGAGCUCGACGAGGAGGGGCGCGCCAGGAUGGAGGCGUUCCGUCGGGAGCUGCGCGAUGCCAAGUCGCAGCUCCACUCGCACUCUACUGAGGUGAAGGCCAAGCUGGAGCAG